UCCCACCGGCCUUUUACCACGUGAUCAGCGGUGUCCAAUGACACGCUGAUCACAGGGAAAUGCAAGUGCCGAACCGGCAGUUGUCAGAGCGCACCCACCUGUGCCACCCACCUGUGCCCACCAGUGCCACCCACCUGUGCCCGCCCACCAGUGCCGCCCAGCAGUACUGCCAGUCAGUGCCCAGGGGUUGUGCCAGUCAGUGCCGCCAGUCAGUGCCCAGAAGUGAUGCCAGUCAGUGCCGUCUAUCAGUACCCAUCAUCAGUGUCACCUAUCAGUGCCGCCUAUCCGUG